AGUUUACCAGAGCAGCAGAUUGAUUGAUUGAUUGGUCGUUCAGAGGCCAUGGCGACCCGACUCCUCCUCUUCCUGUUGGUCUCCGUGACGCUUAGCCACGCCCAGUUUCACUCCGGACAGUGGCUGAAGCCCCGCCCACAGAGAGACCGCCGCAACAUCCGUCCAAACAUCAUCCUGGUUCUGACCGACGACCAGGACCUGGAGCUUGGUUCCAUGCAGGCCAUGAACAAGACUCGCCGCAUCAUGGAGGAAGGCGGGACUUUUUUCUCCAACGCCUUUGUGACCACGCCCAUGUGCUGUCCGUCACGUUCGAGCAUGCUCACUGGGAAGUACGUGCACAACCACAACACCUACACCAACAAUGAGAACUGCUCCUCGUUGUCGUGGCAACGGCACCACGAGCCGCGCACCUUCAGCGUCUACCUCAACAACACGGGAUACAGGACAGCCUUCUUCGGGAAGUACCUGAACGAGUACAACGGGUCGUACGUGCCGGCCGGCUGGAGGGAGUGGCUGGGCCUGGUGAAGAACAGCCGCUUCUACAACUACACGCUGAGCCGCAACGGCGUCCGCGAGAAGCACGGCGCGCAGUACCCGCAGGACUACUUGACAGACCUGAUCACAGCUGAGUCCGUCCACUACUUCCGCUCUUCAAAGAUGGUUUACCCUCACCGGCCGAUUCUGAUGGUUCUGAGCCACGCGGCGCCGCACGGGCCCGAAGACUCGGCGCCACAGUACAGCACGGCCUUCCCCAACGCAUCGCAGCACAU